ACGAUCUAUCGUUUUGGACCGAAAAUCGCGAUCUCAGACAACACGAUUUUGGGAUCGUCAAAGCUGCGGUUUUUGCUUGGUGUAUAUUAAUAAUAAUAAUUUCGUCAAUAAUUUCACAUGAAUGCCCAAGGCUCUGUGUCAGCUACCGAUCAGAAAGCUGCAGGCUGCGCGUGACCAGAUCACGUGUUCGCCACCCAAGUCAGUGUGUAGCUUGUCAUUCAAUUUCAAGCAUACUUCCCCACUGACCAUACCGGGGAGAAUAUUGCCAUGGGGUUGAAGGAGUGCUUGGCCAACUGGGGUCUAAAAGAAGAGGCCCAGACGUGCAUAAUAACAGACAACGCUUCAAAUAUGGUCAAAGCAAUGGGACUUAACCAAUGGACCAGACUGCAGUGCUUCGGACACAGGCUGCAUCUUGCAAUUGAAAAUGCUGUCAAAGAUGAGCAAAGAAUCAAACGGGCCACAGGACUUUGCAAGCAGCUGGUUGCGGUCUUCACUCACAGCUGGAAGAAGAAGGCGGCACUAAAACAGGCACAGCAAGACUUGAACCUACCUCAACAGUCACUGGUCACUGAAUGUCCGACACGAUGGGGCUCCGGGCAGAAAAUGAUUGGGAGGGUGUUGGAGCAGAGCAAGGCACUGUGCCAGGUUCUGUCUGAAGACAGGAAGACGCGGCACCUGGUCCUCACUUGGCAAGACACAGAUGUCCUUGAAUCUGUAAACAAUGACCUCGGUCCUCUUCAGGAGUUCACAGACGCCCUCUCAGGUGAGGACUACGUAAGCGUGUCAUACCUGAAGCCAGUGCUCCAUCUCCUCAGAACAGCAACGCUUGCUGAAACUGACCAGGACACGAAUCUCACCAAGGAGAUCAAAUCAAGAGCUCUCCACUACAUUGAAGAGAAAUACAGCGACCCAGUGACACAGGAGCUCUUGGACAUCACAUCCUUCCUUGAUCCAAGAUUCAAGAAGAGCUACAUAAGUGAAGAGAAUGUCCCAUACAUCAAAGACAGAGUGAAGAUGGAAAUGGAACAGGUGGCACAAAAGGAGCAGAGGGCUUGUGUCACAACCCAUCCCAUGCCCCUGAGUGCAGAAGAAGAACCACCAUCCACCUCUACAAAGCGAAAGCGGUCACUGGGCAGCUUUUUCAAGACCAAGGCGGUCCCUGCUUCCUCUACUGUGCAGUUGGAGGAUACCAUUAAAGCAGAACUGGACAACUACCUCAUAACUCCUACCAUUGAUGGAGAGCAAGAUCCACUGGCCUGGUGGAGAGUGCACAAUGUCAACUUCCCAUGGCUUAGCAAGUUGGCUCGUAAGUACCUUUGCAUACCAGCAAUGAGUGCACCAUCAGAGAGACUGUUCAGUGCCAGUGGCAAUAUUGUCACAUGUCAGCGUGCAAGUCUGAAGCCAGCAAAGGUUGACAUGUUGGUUUUCUUGGCCAAAAAUCUCUGAAGGGAUGAAGGGGAAGAUUUAUUGAUUUUUGUUGUUGUUCUUCUGCACCUUACCCUGACAUGUCUUUGUUCCAUUAAAAAAGGUGUUCACUCUUUUUUACUUAUCUUUUGUUUACAGACUAGAUGUUAAAUAAUGUAACCAGUUGGACAUCUUUUGUUGAUGAGGAAAAUGUAUUUUUUUAAUUAUUAUUAUUAUUUAGUUUUACUACCUUUACAUUUCACUUCCUCUUGCCACUUUAUUUGAAGAAGAAGCACAGGUUUCUGGAUACACGGGUUGAAUAUCUGUAACUGCUGCUGAUGUUGAGGUUCAUAAGCUAGCUCCUUUGAGCCAUUUUGCACUACUUUUAAGGUAAGACUUCUUUUUUUGCUCCACUUUGUUGUUACACUGAAACUUGUUUAAAUAAAAAAAAUCGUGGAGAAAUCGAAAUCGCAAUCUCUGCCAGAAAAAUCGCAAUUUCAAU